AUGAAAGACAUGGGCUUUCGCGGCAUGAUUUUGACAUAUGCUGCCGAGACUGUGUUUGAUCAUAGUACGCAAGCUCAGCAUGGAAAGGGAAUUGCUGCUUCGAAAAGCGAGCAAGAGGAUGUGUCUGUCGAUGCUGCGGCCUACCAUUGUCCCAGCAUCGAAGCUUGGCGGGAAGGGACAGUUGAGACCAUCUAUAUGACAGAGGCAGAGGAUUACCUCGCAGUCAAAUUGACAGGCGCUGGCGUUAGCGUCACCGAGGCUUUCGCCGCUGGAGAGUUACCUCCGCAGCAAAUGAUGGAUGCCCUGCAUGAGGUCUGUACUAAGGCCAAAGAUAGAAAGGUUCGCAUCCUCGUCGAUGCCGAAUCUCAGCAUUUCCAAAAGGGCAUUUCACGGGUUGCUGUGGAACUUAUGCGCACUUACAAUCGCGAUGGUUAUUCCACCAUCUACAAUACAUACCAGGCCUACCUCAAAAGCACACCAGCGACACUAGCCAACCAUCUCGCUGCGGCAAAGGAAGAUGGAUUUACUCUCGGUCUCAAGCUCGUGAGGGGCGCAUACAUGGCGACGGAUGAACGGUCCCUGAUCCACGACACGAAGGAAGACACCGACAACGCAUAUAAUAUGAUAGCCCAGGGGGCUCUGACGAAGAAUAUCGGAGAAUUCGGAGAUAAGGGUACCCGCGAAUUCCCCUCGGUGAAUCUAUUUCUGGCAAGUCAUAACAAGGAAAGCGUGGUUGCUGCCCACGAGCUCCAUAAGCAUCGUGCUAUGUCCGGCUUGCCCACCGUUCCUGUGCGCUUUGCCCAACUCCAUGGUAUGUCCGAUGAGGUUAGCUUUUCGCUGCUUCAGAUGAAUGAUGGCGAUGGAACGCCGGAGGUUUAUAAAUGUUCCACUUGGGGAGGUAUGGGUGAAUGUCUGGCCUAUCUGCUUCGUCGGGCAAUUGAGAAUCGUGAUGCUGUUCUGCGCACAGAUAAUGAGUAUCGGGCGUUGAAGACGGAGGUUUUCCGCAGAGUGAAGUCGGUGUUUUCUCCUUCAUCAUCUUCAUAG